CCAAGUGGAAGGGAAUUGAGUUUGUCUAGGUGGAGGAGCGUUACGCGACACAACUAUGUUUCUUCUCUACCUCCUCAUACCGGCAGCUCUGGCCACCGUCGAUUUCAACGCCACCGAAGUCUUCCACGACGACAUACCCGACAACCAGGACGGAGCACCGAGUGCACUGCCGAAGAAGCUUUUUUCCUUUUCGCCCCCGUUCGCACCGAUCGACAGCUCGAACGAAGCAUGCAGAAACGAGAGCUUAACAUACUUAACAAACCUGUACAGGUUCGACUUAAACGCCGUGAUGAUGUACGACGCGACGGCAAAGUUGCCAUCUGGCCUCCUCCGAGGUAACGUCAACCAGUUCGGCGACUUUGACCUAUGCUUAUCCGCGGAGGGUAAGUACUGCUUGACUUAUAUCGACCUCAAGUUGGCCGGGACGGACUUCCACGCCCUCACAGAAGCGCACACUCUCAUCCACUCUCAUCACGCCUUCCGAGGAACAGUCAAAGAUCCUGGUCAUAGAGUUCCCAGGUUCAGCAGCAUCCACUGGGCAGUUUGCGUGCCGAAGAGCUGCUCGACCACCGACGUCGAAGAUUCUAUGUCAAAAGUGGCCGACGACCUUUCUUCCGGUACAGGACUUAAAGCUUCGGUCAAAGUGUUCCCAGAGAUGUGUCAAGUCGCUUCUACUGAACAAGUGGCGACUUCUGCCUGGGUAGUCGGAACUUUAUUCCUGGUCAUAAUUGGCUUCUGCUUCUUAGCGACUGGAGCUGAUUUCUUCAAGCUAGAAGAGACAAGCAUAGGAAUGGAUUUGCUUAUAUGUUUUUCGCUCAAGAAAAACUGCAAGAAGCUUUUUUCAACAGAAGUCGCACCCGAUGAUAUCUCAAGCGUACACGGAAUCAGGUUUUUAAAUGCUAUAAUGCUCUACAUAUCUCACAAGUCGAUGGCGCUUUUUUACAACCCUUACAUGAACCGAACCAUAAUGGCUGAGGCGCUUGGAAAACCGUGGACGGUGGUCGCGAGGGCGGCGAGCCUUUAUACCGACCCGUUCAUCAUGAUGAGUGGCCUCCUCACGUCCCACUCCCUCGGAAAACAAUAUCAGAGGACUAAGAAAAUCGACGUCCCGAGAGAAUUCCUUUCGAGAUUUAUGAGGCUGCUGCCGACUCUGGGAGCUUUGAUCUUGUUCUGCACGUUCAUCCUUCCGUAUCUGGGAUCCGGCCCUCAAUGGCCGCUCGUCAUCGAACAUCACGCUACACUCUGCAAGCAGUACUGGUGGAGAAACAUGCUACUCAUCCAUAACUACUUCGGUUUCCAAAAUAUGUGCCUAACACAUACUCAUCACAUCGGAAUAGACACCCAACUUUUCUUGGUCUCUCCUCUUCUGAUCUACAUCGUGAACAAAUGGCCUAAGCAGGGCUUGCUGACCCUUCUGAUAAUUGGCGUACUUUCCACGUUGCUCAGGCUCUAUGCUGUUUAUUACAGGCAGCUAAAUUUAUACGUUUACUUCGGAAACUCGAUAUCCCAAAUGUUCGACACAGCAGAUUACUCUUACAUUUUGCCUACGCAUCGAGCGACGGUUUACGUGAUGGGAAUCGCACUUGGCUAUGUACUCAGGCAAUGGGGAAGAGACGUUAAAUUGAAAAAUAGCCAGCUGGCAUUGGGAUGGAUGCUGGCUAUUUGCAGCUUGUACCAGUGCGUCGUGCAACCGUCGAAAAUGGGCGAUAGGUUUUACGUCUACGACACCACGGACGCUGUGAUGUACGCGGGGUUCGCGCCGAUCACCUGGUGCCUCGUUUUCUCCUGGGUCAUUUUUACAACUCACACGGGAAACGGAGUGAGCUUUAUAACUGAAUUGAGCACAUGGAAAGGUUGGCAGAUCACGACCAGACUAUCCUAUACCUUUUAUCUGACGCAGUUCCCCGUCUUCUUCUAUAACGUCGGCAGGGUGAGGAGCACAGACUACUACUCCAUACAACUGCUGUUCGACAUCAAAGAGACGGCGUGCGUCGUCCUCGCGUCCAUCGCCCUGACUCUAUUCAUAGAGAUGCCCUUCCAGAACAUUAGGUCUGUUAUUUUGAAAAAGCCGCCCGCCCAACUCAAAAAUAUCGAAAAAAAGAUCGAAUGAUAUUCCUUCGAGACUGCAC